AUGCCACCGCAACGGGACGAUCCUUCGGUGGCUCCACUGGACGACGAUGGUUUGUUGGGACAGGAAACGGCACACAUUCGGGGAACGGACGUGCACGUUCCUACGGCGGCAGCGACCUUUACCAGCUUUCUCCGUAGCUUUCAAUCGUUACAGAUCUCCCAACGUGUGCAGGAGCGAGCCGCGAGGGUAGAGGCCGACGACGACGAUUCCGUUGGGGACGAAGUGGACGUCGACGGGGACGAUCCGCCACCGUUGUACCGUACGCGACUCGAAUCGCUCCUCACUCGCGGUGUCACCCAGGGAUCGACUACCACCAGUCUCGAUAUUGAUGCCAUGCAUCUGUACUACCACAACGCAGCCUGUCAGCGACUCUAUCAUCAGAUUGUGGCCUAUCCGAUGGAGCUGGUCCCCCUCAUGGACUUGUGCGUCCAGCGCGAACUAGAGCACCUCGCCAACACGCUACCCGACGUUGUGGAUCCGGACACUCUGCCGCGGGCGCAGGUUCGACCUUUCAACCUCAAGCUCGUCUCCAACCUGCGGUGUCUCGAUCCCGUCGCUAUGGAUACGCUCCUUUCCGUCAAGGGCAUGAUUGUGCGCUCGUCGCCCAUCAUUCCGGAUCUCAAAAUUGCCCACUUUGGUUGUUGCGUCUGCGGACAUGUUGUACAGGUAGCCAUUGAUCGCGGCAAGAUUGCCGAACCUACCGCACGCUGUCCCCAGUGCAACACCGCCGCAUCCUACCAGCUGGUACACAAUCGCUGCGUCUUUGCCGACAAGCAGCUCGUGCGGUUGCAGGAAACGCCCGACGAGGUGCCGGCCGGACAAACACCCGCAUCCGUUACCUGCUUCAGUUUCGAUGAUCUCGUCGAUGCCGUGCAACCCGGUGAUAAGGUCGAAGUCACCGGUGUGCUCCGCGCCCAACCACUCCGCGUACACCCCAAAAUAUCCAAACUCAAGACCGUUUACAAAACGUACCUGGACGUCAUUCAUUUCCGGACCAUUGCUGGUAUAGAUAACGACCAGACCAAGCACGAUUUGGCCGCCACGGCGGGACACCAGUCCAACCGUUCUCGGUGGUCCGACGAUCGUGUCCGACAGCUACGAACGCUCGCCCGGGACCCACUAAUAUACGAAAAACUGACCGCCUCCCUCGCACCGUCCAUCUGGGAACUCGACAACGUCAAGAAGGGCAUUCUCUGUAUGCUCUUUGGGGGCAACCACGGUACCGGCGCUACCUCCAAACUCAACAAACGUGGUGACGUGAACAUUCUGUUGUGCGGCGAUCCCGGAACCUCCAAGUCCCAAUUACUCUCCUACGUACAUAAAUUGACCACCCGGGGGGUCUACACCUCUGGUAAGGGCUCUUCCGCGGUUGGUUUGACGGCGUCGGUCGUGCGCGAUCCGGAAACCCGGGAUUUGGUGCUCGAAAGCGGAGCACUCGUGCUUAGCGAUCAGGGUAUUUGUUGCAUUGACGAAUUUGACAAAAUGACCGACACGACACGCAGUGUACUACACGAAGCCAUGGAACAACAGACGGUGUCGAUCGCCAAGGCGGGAAUCCUGGCCACGUUACACGCCCGGACCAGUGUACUGGCGUCCGCGAAUCCCACGGAAUCGCGGUACAAUCCCAACCGCUCGGUGGUGGACAACAUUCAGUUACCACCCACGCUUUUGUCACGGUUUGAUUUGAUCUAUUUGAUUCUGGAUAGUCCAAACAUGGAACAGGACCGUCGACUGGCCCAGCACUUGGUCGGACUGUACUACGAGACUCCCAACGUUGUCCAACCUCCGUUGGACCAGGCUUUAUUACGUGACUACAUUGCGUACGCUCGCGACAACAUCCACCCCGAAAUUUCCGACGAGGCCGCCGACGAGUUGGUAUCGAGUUAUUUGACCAUGAGGAAUCCGCCCGGUGGUGGGGCCGCGGCAGCAGGUACCCGCACCAUUUCCGCCACACCCCGGCAACUCGAGUCGCUGAUUCGGCUUUCCGAAGGCCUUGCCAAAAUGCGCUACAGUAGUAUCGUGUCCCGGGCCGAUACGUUGGAAGCGGUACGACUCAUGAAGGUCGCGACACAAGCGGCGGCCACGGAUCCGCGAACGGGACGUAUCGACAUGGACAUGAUUACGACGGGAAAGUCGUCGGCCGAUCGACAACUCGAAGAACAAAUUACCUUGACGCUACAAGAACUGUUCGCGGAACGUCGGGGGACCCGCAUGGCGGUUCGUGAUGUCACCAAGCAGCUCGCGGAAAUCACCAACGCAACGAUUCCGCAUGACGAAGUAGUCAAAGCCCUGCGUCAAAUGGAAGCGGACGGCGUGAUCCAGUACCAAGAGAGGGCGCAAACUAUUUUUGUUCGUACCGGAAUUGUGCGAUCGUGA